AACUGGCAUAAGGACCGGACCAGCCAGGCUGGUUUGGUUCAAAUUUGAACUGACCCAUUCCGGCUCCAGCCGAACCAGACCUGAGUUAGGGGAGUCAGGGGACCUUAUCCUGAGCAAGCCACAGUGGUGGCGUGGAAAACAGCAGCAGGUCCCCUCAACCCCCCGCUGGCCUCACACAGGACAGCCCGGGCCAGCCUGUCCUGGGGAAGGUGGGCAGGGAUUGAGGAGAGUCACCACCAUCUAUGUCGCUGCUGCUUGCUCAGGGUAAAUUCCUCCUGACUCCCCUAUCUCUUCCAUUAAACCUUAGGGAAGCCUCCUGCCCCUUUGCUCGUAAAGGGGAAUCAUUACCAUAAUCUAUUCCCCUUUACGAGCAGCACCCCAAACAGGUUUGGCUCAAACUGGGACUGGUCUCAUUCAAACUCAGACCGGCACCCCCUCUUUGGGGGCCGGGCCAGUUCUAACCUGGACCACUCAAAUUGCCCUGGUUGAAGUCAAACCGGGUUGAAACCAGAAUUGGUUUGCACAUCCCUAUGGUGGAGUUGCUUGGCUAUUUUGGGCUGGCCUGGUUUCCAAGCUGUGCCUGUUAGGUUGUUUGUGAAGAGAAGGCAAUAAUCUCAGAAUUCUUAAAAAGAAAAAAGAAAAAAAAAAAGAAGAAGAAGAAGAAGAAGAAGAAGGCAUAUUUCUGCAUUAAAAACACAUUUCAAACAGGAUAAGUUUGAAACUGUCCAAUUAGUAAUUUCCAUUAGAAGGCCUUGUUUUAUUUGGAAGCUAUAACUCCCCCCCCCCCUCUCUUUCACCCUCAAGAGAGGUGAGGGAGUAAGAAGAGACAAAGGAGCUAGCAAGAGGUUUUACUUAAAGUCCAAGAAGAAGACGGACAGCAGGGGGCUGCUUCCUUGUUAGUAAAAGAAGUACCCAGAAGAAGUGCAAGUCCGCCAUAUCCCCCACUUUCCUUCUCAUUCUCUAGAUCUCUGAAUUUUGCUAAGAUUUGCUAGCGACAUUUUAAAAGAAAAGAGCUCUCAGCAAAUGCUGGAGAAAUCCAAUGGCUCCUCAGGGUUGGGUUGGGGUGCUGAGUGAGGAGAAAAGAGUUGGCUUCCCUCUUGUGAAGAGGAGGCUGGAGAAAGUUAGCCAGGGCUCCUACCUCUUCUGAACUCCAUUUGCUUGCAGACUGAGUGCUCCCAUUUUGCACACAGAUCUCAGCCUGCCUAGAAGGACCCUGGGGAAAUCAGAUGACAUGCCUGGCCAUGUUUACUGGCUAUUGGUCAGAAUAGGUGCCUAUAAGCUACUCUGACUUCUUAUUGGUUGGGGGGUGGGCUAGCCCCUCCUACUCUUGGGGGGAAAGAAAAGAAAGUCACAUCCUGAUUGUUGCUGAGGCACUAAAUAUGCAAUUUGGGUAGUGAUUAAAUGAUCAUUCCAGAGUAAUUUUAAUGCAAAUAGAUGGAAUUCAGUGUUCAGACUACAUUAAUGCUUCAUAUAUAGAUGGCUACAAAGAAAAGAAUAAAUUUAUAGCAGCUCAAGGUCCUAAGCAAGACACAGUGAAUGAUUUCUGGAGGAUGAUAUGGGAACAGAGGUCAGCAACCAUUGUUAUGUUAACAAAUGUGAAAGAAAGAAAAGAGGACAAAUGUUUCCAGUAUUGGCCUGAUCAAGGAUGCUGGACGUAUGGAAACAUCAGAAUUUCUGUGGAAGACUGUAUAGUUCUUGUGGAUUAUACUAUUCGAAAAUUUUGUAUUCAGCCGCAGGUGUCUGAUGGUUGCAAAGCUCCAAGGCUCGUAACUCAGCUACAUUUCACCAGCUGGCCUGAUUUUGGAGUGCCUUUCACACCUAUUGGAAUGCUUAAAUUUCUAAAGAAAGUGAAAUCAUUGAAUCCUUCACAUGCUGGGCCAAUUGUGGUUCACUGCAGUGCUGGUGUGGGGCGGACAGGCACUUUCAUAGUAAUAGAUGCCAUGAUCGACAUGAUGCAUGCUGAACAAAAAGUUGAUGUUUUCGAGUUUGUGGCAAGAAUCCGCAAUCAACGCCCACAAAUGGUUCAAACUGACAUGCAGUAUUCCUUCAUUUAUCAAGCCUUACUUGAAUACUACCUCUAUGGUGACACAGAACUAGACGUGUCCUCUUUGGAAAAACACCUUCAGCCAUCACACAAUGCAGCACCAAAUCUUGUCAAAAUAGGGCUAGAAGAAGAGUUUAAAAAACUAACAAAUGUUCGAAUCAUGAAAGAAAACAUGAGAACCGGUAAUCUACCAGCAAAUAUGAAGAAAGCCAGAGUUAUCCAGAUUAUUCCGUAUGACUUUAACAGAGUGAUUCUUUCAAUGAAAAGAGGUCAGGAGUACACAGAUUAUAUCAAUGCUUCUUUCAUAGAUGGCUAUCGCCAAAAGGAUUACUUUAUUGCAACUCAAGGACCACUUCCUCACACGGUGGAGGACUUCUGGCGAAUGGUGUGGGAGUGGAAAUGUCACACAAUUGUUAUGCUUACUGAAGUUCUGGAAAGGGAGCAAGAAAAAUGUUUUCAGUAUUGGCCAUCAGAGGGUUGUGUCACUUAUGGAGAGAUUACCAUCGAGAUAAAGAGUGAUUCACUUGUUGAAGCCAUAAGCAUAAGAGACUUUUUGAUUACACACAAUCAGGAGAAGCAAGGCAGACUUGUCAGACAGUUUCAUUUUCAUGGAUGGCCUGAAAUUGGAAUUCCUGCUGAAGGAAAAGGCAUGAUUGACCUCAUUGCAGCGGUUCAAAAGCAGCAACAGCAGACCGGAAACCAUCCCAUAACAGUGCAUUGCAGUGCUGGAGCUGGAAGAACCGGUACAUUCAUAGCACUCAGCAAUAUUUUGGAACGAGUCAAAGCUGAGGGGCUUUUAGAUGUAUUUCAAGCUGUGAAGAGUUUACGACUGCAAAGACCACAUAUGGUGCAAACACUGGAACAAUAUGAAUUCUGCUACAGAGUGGUACAAGAUUUCAUUGAUAUAUUUUCUGAUUAUGCUAAUUUCAAGUGAAAAUUCCUGCCUUAUUUUUUAUUUAAUCAUCUGUACAGAGAUUUGUAAAUUAUGUUAACUUAUUUCCAUUGGUUUUUUUAAACUCUAAAUGUACAUAUUAUCAUGUUUGUUUGCUCAGAUGUAUAAAUUAUGCAAAUAGUCUCACCCUGCUCCAAAAGAGCACGUGCAGAGCCCUUUCAAAAAGAAUAGGAAUAUUUUCCAGUCAGCUGUUUGGUGGACUGGGGACUGACAGCUUUCUUCUCCCAAACACUGAGCAGUGAAAUAUUAACCUUUCUGAAAGUGUUCUACCUCUGCAGUCCCAACUAUUGCAUGUCCAUGUAUGCAGCAUCCAUUCGUCUGUAGGAUUCCCCAUCCAGCCAGGGAUGCAUGUGCAAAUUGUGUUUCCACACAAACAAUGCCCCUAGCUGGAUGAGGGUUGUUUUUCUUUUUUUUAAAGUUUUGCCUAACAGAUGGCCAUGUACAGUAUAUGCUUAACAGUAUAGGGCAUAAUCUAACCUACGUUGGGCAUAUUUACACACCAGUAGCAGCUCAUUCUAAUGUGUCAGGGGUGCCAAAGGAGACCACUCGGGUGGCUCUUCUCUCUCUCCUGCCCCCCCCCCAAGAGCUGUGCUGCCUGCAGGCACAGUUAACCGCGUAGCUCUACCUGACAGAUGGCCAGCCUGCAGGCAGCACAGCUCUAGAGUGGGCCGGGAGAGAGAGAGGAACAACCUGACCUGCCUCCUUUGGCACUCUCCAGCUCGUUAGGAGAAGCUGCUGCUGUUACGAACCUUUCUUUCAGUGGCAGUAUUAAGCACAGAUUUAAAUGCCUCCUAUUGAAAUUAAUGGGAUUUGGAAUCCAAUAAAUUGAGAACCUGUAUUGCUGAAGAGAAACAGAUAUGAUCUGGUCAGUCCCUUGGAUGGGGAGACCACCAGGAGCCCAUGUAAGAAUGAAAUAUAGAUGUAAUAAAUUAAUGGAACUUUAGAAGUGCUUAAUUUUGGCUGGGUCAUGCCCAUAUUCUGCUUAAGCAUCUGUGAAAUUGUGGCCUUUUAUUUUUAAUGUCUAGAUUUCAAAUAACUCAUAAAAUAGUUCUUAAAGUUUAUAAAGCAAAUUUAUCACAGUAAAUAUGCUAAAGCCAAAACUCACUCUGGCCAUCAGCACACAGUAACUAUUGCACUUAGUGAAUGUUCUCCACAACAAUCACAAGAAACUCUGUGUAGACUCAGUUGAAAUGAAUGUGGCUGCCAAGGUGCCAAAGUGCAUACAUGUGCUUUUUAUGCAUGCUGAAUUCAUUUCAAUAAUGUUUGCACAGAAGCUACUGGUGAACUGUGCUCCUUGUGUUUUAUGUUGAUGCUCAUACUUUGUUAGCACCCUGUCAAGUGUUGACAGGGAAGGUUACUAUUGAAGGAGUGCUAGAAUUUAGUUAAUAUUUUGUAGAUAUUUAUCUUAACUUCCAACACUCAAAUUAGAUCCAUUUACUUUUUUGGUACUACUCGCAUCCAUACAGUUAAAAAAGAGCACAUCUCUUUCAAUAGAUGAUACAGAAUGGUGCACAAAUCUUCCAUAAGUAACAACAUGGGAUUUGAGCCUCAGCUGUAAAAAUGGGAGAAAGAGUAUAAUUUUUUAUUGACAAAAAUCUCUAGGUAGCUUUUUUUAACAACAAAUUAUCAAUUAGCACUGCAGUGUAAAUACAGUCUUUAAAAGCUGUAAAUACAGUCUUUAAAAGCUGCCUUUAGUUGUCCUUUUAUUCUAAUGCAAACUUUAAAGUAUUAACACAAAGUAACAUAUUUAAUUUAAACAAAUUUAUCAAUAUUUUGAAAUGAUUAUGUAUUUUGAACAGUAAGUGGUUUUGUUCCUGCUGUCACAAAUAGUUCUAAAGUCUGAAUGAAAUACGUACUUUAAAGAAAAUGAGUACCUUCAGUUUAACUACAAUGGCCCCAUUCCAGCUACAGUUAGUUGAGACUGAGCCUCCUUGAAAGCAGUGAGAAUUAAGUUAGUAAUGACAAAACUUUGUUUCAGUGAGGCUUAGCAGGGCCACUUUUAGCUGGAUCAUGGCCAUUAUGUGGGAGAUUUCCAGUGAAAUCUGUUGUAUUUGCUUCCAAGGAAUCUCCUUUGGAUUGUGUUUUAGCAUUCGGUCAUUUACACAUAUAAGCACACUUGAGUUCCCUUAAUUGUAGUGGUACUUCAGUGUACAAUUGUGCCUGAUUGUGGCCCCAUAAAUAAUCCAGGGCUCCGAAAUGCAUGCAGACCUCCGGUUUGGGCAAAGACUUCCCUGGUUACUUCAGUGUUGGGAGACACAUGCACAGAGUUGUCCCCAGUACUGAAGUUAGUGAGGUAGCCUUUGCUUGCCAAGAACUCCACAUGUGUGUAGGAGCACCCACAGAACUUCCAAUUGGACUGUUGGUGGGCAAACAAUCAUGCACUGACAGAGCACAACCCUGUUCAUUCUGAUGGACCCUGCAUGGUGGGGCACAUCCUAGGGUGUUAAUGGCUGCAGUAACAGAUUGUUGCAGAUCUGACCGUUUUUGUAGGGAGCCUCUGCCUGGUUUCUGGGGAUUCCCCUGUUCCACUGCAGCCCCCAUAACACAUCUCAUAUCAUUCAUAAGGACCCUCCAACUUCAGGACUGACUUUGGGGGCGGAAGCUUAGAGGACUGCAGUGAGGGGGAGGGUGGGGGAAAUCAUUUGCGCAACCUCGCACACAUUUGGAUGCAAGCCUACAGCAAAGAAAAACAAGUUAUUUUUAAAAGUGUAUUCUUAAAAGAAAACAUCACAGUCUGUACAGAACUGACUUGGGAGACCAACUACAAAAGACAAAGUACAUUUUAUAACUGCUCUACUCAUCUUUCAGAAGGCAUAUAUAAAAGAGCACAAAGACAAAAUGUAUUUUAUAAAUUUAUAUAUUUGUCUAAUAUGCAAUAUUUCUGGCUUGUCCAAUUGGUUGGUAUUCUAGUGUAAAAGCCUUAUUGAAAACUAUGUAGACUUUAACCUAGUCAUUUCACUUGAGCUCCUGGACUAUUCUACUUCAUGUUCAGUUAAUACAGUGCCUGGAUGAGAAUAAAGGUGAAUAUGUCUUAUAAUGUAGAGAGUUAUACGGUUUACGCAACAAUCCUCUACUCAAUGGAACUGAAAACAGUUCAGGUUAGAAGUCUAUAAGCACAUUGUUUUUAAAGCACUGCCAUGUAUUGCUUGUGUCUUCCCAGUAAUGCACUUCUCUAAAUGUAUAUGUAUAUGUACAGUUGUUCUGCACUUAAUGAAUCGAAUUUAUUGUAAGAGGUGGUUAAUGUCAAGUCCUCUCCCCCCAUAGAGCAAACACCAUUCUUUGGUUUAAGAACUGAAUGUCAAAUAAGCUUUCUAUCUGACUGUAUCUUGAAAAUCAAGAACACUCAAGGAGAAUAACAGUUCACUAUGCUUUGGCCCCAGUUUACUGAUCCCCUCAUGCAUGAAUAUGGGAGUAUGCAUGCACUAGAGACUAUUCCUUUUAAACUGCAGUUUCCAUGCACACAAGGCUGUUUCCAAAGCUGUGUGUGCCAUUUUAAAUACAGUUUUAAGGGUAUCAAAUACCCUUUAAGGGUAUCAAAUGUGUGGGGAAACUGCUGUGUUAAAAAAAUAUAUCACUAAUAAUCACCUCAUAUUAUUCCUAAUACAAAUAUGUCUUUGGUGUUUUAUAUAUACUAGUCCUGUGAAAAGAUCAACUGGUAUGGAUAUUAUCGCUUCCAGAAACCAGGAGAAGCCUUAGGCAUUUUGAUGUCUUGCAUAAAACAAACUUCCCUCAUCUUUCUAGAUCCUUGAAUAGCACCCCCUGCUGUCCUACCCACCUGGAACUCUGGCUUGUAAAGUCAGCACUGUGUCUGCUACUCCUUACUCACUCAAACUCCAACAGCUGACACCAGGCAUGGGGAUUCCUUGUGGAAAUUCCCUGUGGUAUUAUGUCUGCCCUUACCUCUAAGCAUCAACCAUAGCUAUGAGAUCUACUUGAGGGAAGCAAUACAUUCUUUCUUCUUCACUUUAAUAUUACCCAACAAACUCAUUAGAAUUCCCAUGUGUACAGAAUAGUCUUUUACUGAUAGGAGGAAACAAUUAUUAGAAAUAUUAUCAACAUUCAAAACUCUCUUAAUUGGUCUGCACUGCAGAGUCAUAUUUUGAAACAUAGGCUCUGCCCCAGAAAUUCAGUAUCCUUCUAUUCACCCUUGCCAACAUACGUGAAGCCAGAUAGCUGGUUUCAGAGUGAUUUUUGACAUUCUAAAAUUAGUCACAGAAGACCAUUAUCAAAGUAAAUAUAUGAAAAUAAGUCUGUAUUAAAGCUUCAAAUGACUGUAAAUACAAAUUAAUACAUACAUAUACAGAGACAUGUUUUCUAGAUAAUAAUUCAUUUUGAUACUUUAUCAAACUUGUGAAAAUGUGGGUGUAAAUACAAAUGCUCAAAUGAAACACACACGCACACACAUGUAUAGGAUUGCUCAAGUGAGAGGUGACCCACAUGGAUAUUUCAGAAUGAAAAAUAUGUGCAUCUGGAUUCCUCAGAUUAUUUAAUGAUAAAACUGAAUCAGAGUCAACCAAAUCACUCUUAUGGCGAAUUCUCACUGGGAGCACUUCAGCCCUUGAAUGCUGUCAAUCCUUGAACGCAAUCAGUCAGUACGAAGAGUUCAUUGUCUGGAAAACUUGUCAUAUGUAUUGAUUACUGUUCUUAUUUAUAGUCAUUUGUCAUUUUUAAUACAGAUUUUCAUAUUUGCUUUGGAUCACGGGCAGAUCAAAAUAAGCAGAUUUCUCCCAAAACGGAAUACCUUCUGUCACUAAUUUAAUGAAGAUUCAGUGGGACUAUAUCUCUUUAAGUAGCCAAAGCACAAAAUUUCUAUGCUCCGCAUGAGGUGCUGAAACUAUCAUUGCAGCAGAAUUGGCAUGGUUUGUUAGAUUUCCUUUAGGCACCCUAGUUCUAUCAGAUUCUCCCAUGUGGCAACUGCAAGAGUUGUCACACAUUUAAAAAGUGCUCUGAAUCCAACCAACCAAUCUGGGAUUUAAUUUAAAUCCUAAGCAGUCCAGUUUAUGUGACCCAUAAUUUGCAAUAAAGAAAGCUUGGCUGGCAUCCACACUAGCAUUGCACCAGUGCAAUGCACCACUAGCAUUGCACACUAGCAUUGCACCACUUGAAACCCACACUUUAGCUGUACCAUUGUGUGAAAGGGCAGCUUUUGACAAUCUUCUCUUCCUUCUGAAGCCCAUUGUGCCUCCCAAAAAUGUGUCCCCAAGUAUCACACAGCCCAUAGGAACAUAUUUUUGGGAGGCACAAUGGGUUUCAGAGGGAAGGGGAGAUUAUCAAAAAUUGUCCCCCCUCCUCACAAUGGCACAACAUUAGUCUAGAUGUGAGGCACUGCUGCACCAGUGCAAUGCUAGUCUGGAUGUCAGCCCUUGGUUUUUUAGUUCAGAUUUUUAGUCAAAUAAGACUGCUAUACUUCAUAACAACAGUGUAACAAAUAUAUUUAAGAGUUUUCUCACUUGUUUUUUACAUUGCAUGGGAUUGCAUUAAGAAAUGCCAAAUAGUGAUCAGAAAUUAUAUACUCUGAUCUGCACAAUUAGUCACUAUGUGACUCAGUUUAUUGUCUUGUGUGACAGUGGACACUGAUCGCCAAAGCUCUUACGUAUGUGCUUUAACUUAGAAACAGUGCACAAGUUGUGAUUCUAAUUAGCUGUGUUUUUCAAAUGAUGCUCCUAGAAUCCUGGGUUCAUCAGCAAUUUAACAGGGGCUCAACGGUGAGAAGACUGAUAACUGGAUAAACACCCCCCCAAAUUUGGCCUUGGCUAGGGCUUAUGCAGAAGCAUAUCAAUGACCAAUACCUUCAAAACUGCUACCUAAAUUUCAGUUUACACUUUUUAGUCAUGGGGUGGGAGAAGAGAUGGGUUCUGGUCCUAGGCUGGCUAUUGUGCAGCUCAGGCCUAUGAAGUUUGAACAGGCUACUGCUGGGCUGUUCCUUGAUUCACCUUGUUGUAGGACUUGUGGAGCCCAGUCGGCCACAACAUUCAAGCUUAAACUCAGCCUAAACACUGCUGUGGAGGUCAAGGGAGUCUGAAUUCAUUUUGCCCAUUGAAAACACCCAUGUUUCUAGUUCCUGAGCAAACACUGAGCCCAGGUAGCCUCUCCUGACCACCCCAGCCUGUCAGUCGACACACUUGCUUGGCCAGUCAGUUAGUCCAGUGCAUGGAAGUUAGGCACAAAAGAGGGCGUCAAAGUAAAGAUUGUUGCAACAGAAGAUAAUCCAGCCCAAUCAGCCAAGCUGUGUGUGUGGUUUUUGUCCUUUGCAUGUGUGAGAGUGUGUAUCUGUUUCAUGUUCAUAUGAGAGUGUGUGUGUGGGUGGUUUCUAUAUGCAUAGAGAGUGUGCAGCCUGCCAUGUGUGGUUUGAGGGAAAGCAUGGAUCACCAUCCUACAAAAACUGAAAGCUAGCCAUGGCUUUGUGAUGUAUUCUUGCCUUGAAUAAGGGACAGGUAGGCUCAAUUGGUCUGACAGGUACACCAUACAAAACGAGAGUGUGCCCCAGAGCACACACCAGAGUCCUUUGUCCAAACAAAGUUUGGUGGCAGACAAAGAAAUGUUGGAAUGGUUUCUUGAUGGUAACAAGAUUGAAAUGUACUGUACUAAAGUAUAUACUUAAUAGCUUGGAUUUAUCAGGCCCAAACGAAGAAUGCCUACUGUAUUGAUUAGUGUUUUUGAAAAGGAUUUUUAUGAAUCGGUUUUUAGACGUCUGAACACCUUUGUUUCCAAAAUUUUGAGAUGUUUUCAUCAGGCAGCAUCAUUUUUAAUGUAUUGCUACUGAACCUUUUUUUGUAUAUGCAAAAUUGUAUUUAAUUUAUGUCAAGAUCUUUAUAAUAUAUGUAUUAUUAUACAGCAAUAUUUUAUUUUAUUUCAUUUAUAAUUUGAUUUUGCCGUAUUUAUAAUGCCAGUGAAUGUUGCUGAAUUAUUUGUAUAUGCAAAUUGCGAGAUCUAAUAAUUCUGAUGCAAGAACAAGGCUUCAUUUUUAUUUUCCUGCUGUAUUUCCCCCCCCCCCCGCUUAAAUCUCUUAAUUUCAUUCCUCUACUAUCUGCUCAUUUAAACUAAAUACUGCAAUACUGCAAAGGAUGUAAAAUCCCUUACUUAAAUUACUUUCCAAAACUUUUAAAACUCUGAUGACUAUUUGAUUCGGAGCACUCUGACAAAGAAAAAAAAGUUUAAAAUGAAACAUAAAUAUAGCUAUUAAUUCGCAAUUUACCAUUUAUCAUCUCAUCCAGAACAAGCUUACUUAUUCUAUGUAGCUUGAAUAAAAGUAAAUCAUUAGUA